AAAAACCACAAAAAAUUUCAAGUCAGGGUUGGUGAUGCCCCUUGCCUCGCCUUUGUUGCCCAACAUUGCCUUUUCUAUUAUAGGUCUUCUGUUUCCAAAUAAAUUUUAGGAAUGUUUUCUCUAGAUCUGUGAGAUAUGUUAAAGAUAUUUCAAUUGGGAUUGCAUUAAAUCUGUAUAACUUUUGCGAGCGUGGCCAUUUUCACAAUGCUGGUUCUUCCUAUCCUUGAGCAAGGAAUAUCUUUUCAUUUUCUGAUAUCUAAGAGGAGAGAUUUAUUUAUCUCACAGAUUUGGAAACUAAAUGGUCAAGAUCAGGCAGCAGCAUGUGUUCGGCCUCUGGUAAGCCACCCCCUCCCCACUGGGGGUUCCACUGAAUCUUAGUUGAUGGCCUCAUGGUGGGAGCCUAGACAGGAGUGAGAGCGCUUAUGGAGAGACUGCUAGAGAAAGAUUCAGAGGUCUUCUUUGACAACAAAGGGUUUCCUUGCCCCUGGGACUCACUCUGGUGGAGAAAAUGUGAGGAAGUGAUUGACAUAGAACCUAAAAAAGAUUGACUACUAGUAGUGGGCUACUUAGAACUGAAUUUACAUUUGAUAUUUUUUCUUAUUUUAUUUUUAAUACUGACAAACAUUCUUAGUGUUGUCAACUAACUUUCCCAAGGCAUGUUUUAUUUAUUAGUUUUUGUAUUAAAAAGUGGCAUCUUUGUGGAUGUUAAUUGGUACUUUUUGAACCGUGUUUUUGCAAAUUUAUGGGUGUUUCAAGGAGCCCUUUCAGAGCUAUUUCAGUAUGUGGGGGCAACGAGUAGAGAGAGAGGAGGUGUCCACUCUCCAGGUUAGGGCUUUUUACUGUUGGUCCCUAUGCAAUGUGAGCAUGUCUGCUAUUCUUGAUUUUGCAUGUUGGUUUCCAAGUAAGACUUAAUCUGAAUGAAGGAUUUCUUGGUUAAAAUAAGUUUGUCAUAUGUGGCCACAUGUUUUUUAAGUUUCUCCUCUUCUCCUGCUGAGUCUGGUUUAUGUCUUUGCAACUGCUAAUGGUUUCUAGCUACUGUGGUGUAUCUGUGCUGAAAAAGCACAGGGAACUUUGGCCUUAUUAGCUCUAUAAUUUGGUACUUGUGGGGAGAACAAGCCAAGUGAGCGGGGAGAUGUUGGAAGCAAGAAAUAUAGAUUGAGAAUAAGCAGAGACUCAAGUUAUACAUCUUCUGUAGAAGGUUUACAGAGAGAGGCAAACUGGGUCCAAGAGAAAAUUCUGGGGAACAGAUAUGCUGGGUCAGUUACGCUGCUCUGUAUUCACCUUGACACAAUGUAUUGCUAGCUAGUCAGUGAGGUUCACUUUCCAUAUUUUAAUUGUGUAUUUUCCCAUAUGAGCUUGUGCACCGUGAGAAGAGUUGGAGCACAAGUGUUCGUGGGUGAGACAGGUGGCGGCUGGGGUUAGGGCAAAGUGUAGAGGGGCUUAGUAGACUGUCCAUCCUGCAUAUAUCUUUAGAGUCUCUUCUAUAUGCAUAUUGAGAGUAUAAAGUUUAAUGAGUACCUAGUGAAUUUAGCAAUUCAGGCAGCUAUUAUAAUUUUUUAACAUAAAAUGAUUUAUGAAGAAAUACUGUGGUUUCUGGAUUUUCAAAAUCCAGACCCUAAUCUGGUGUCUCAGUUCUCCCUUGUGGAGGUGGAACGGAGUCUGCUGGUCCUGGCUGUGUCAUCCUGAGUGCCUGGGGCUAAGUUUCCUUUCCACCUGGACCUAUCACCUACUGAAUUUUGCUGAUCCAGUCCACACCCUCAGUGCUAACCAACUGUUUGCCAGUUUAAGUCAUGCAGAUCACAGGCAACAAUUUAUUAACUUAAUUUAAAAACUCAUUAACACUCUCAGAAAAAGCCAAAGUUCUCAGAUAAAGAAUAAAUAAAUGCACAUAAAUAAAGUGCCUAUUUGCAGUAUUUCCCUUGUAGGUAGGGCGUUACUUAAUAGUUGCUUAGUAGUCAGUGAUUAAGUCCUCCACAUUUAAAAAUUUUUUUUAUUUCUUUAGACUUAUUUCUCUAUCUUCUCCACUCAAAAACAGGACAUAAAGGUCAGACAACCUCAUCUUCUAAUUUUAUUAAAGAUGAUAGUUUCACUAAAAUUACAAAUGAUGCUGAGUAGCAGAUGAUCACAGAUUUUCCUCUCACACUUUUCCUGGCAUAUUCUGCUUUCUUUCUAAAAUCUUAAUUGACUUAGUUGGCUGUAAGUACAGGCUGUAUUAAGGUAAUGUGCCAGCUUACUUUUAAUGGUUUUAAGCAGAAGAUGAAAGAUUAGAUUAGAUGAAAAUGGACUUAUUGACCUGUAAAACUUCUAAUAAAAAAUGCCUUGGUUAAAAAAUGGUAACAAGGGGCUGGAGAUUUAGCUCAGCGGCAUAAGUGCCUGCCUUGCAAGCAGGCAGUCAUGAGUUCGAUCCCCGGUACGGAUAAAAAGGAAAAAGAAAAAAAAAAAUGGUAACAAAACUCAAUGAAUUUAUCUCUGCACCAAGCAAAUGUUUACAGAGAGUCCUCACUGUCUCCUUACUUAGAGGCUUUUCACCUCGCAGGGAGGACAUAUUUGUGUACAAAAAUCACUACAGUAAUGGGAGACCCCUAAGUGAGUACUUGUGAAACGAGUUCAGAUACAGAGAUAUUUAUGGCUCGUAUGGCUGCCUAGGUUUGUUAAACCACUAAAGACAUGUGGCGAUUCAUAAUGACAUUCUGGGUAGUGGGUGUAAGAUGUACAAAGGCACUGAGGUGGAGCGAUGCAUUGUGGUUGAAAGUACUCCUGGUUCUCCGUGGUGGUGCCACAGAGCUGACAGGAGGGGAUGUAGCAGAGAUCCGGCAUAGGCAGGAUGGCAAACCAUUUAGAGACCAAGUGCCCCCAUUGCAACCUUAACCCCAUUUAUUUAUUGCACAGUGCUGGUGAUGCAAUUAAACCUAAAUGUUGAGAUUUUUAACUAAGAAAAAGCAACCCUAUAUUAACAUCUUUUGUUUUAAAAGAAAAAUACAAUUAUAAAGCUUUCAGUCAUACAAACAACUUUUUAUUGAAAGGAAAAAGUCUGCAUUUGGCCUGCUUUUGCACAAUUAGUGUGAUCUUUGCUGUUGUAUGCCUGCUAAUAAUUGUCAAACCUCAGCUCACACUUUUGUUAGUUUGAGAGCAAUACAUGCAGCACUCAGGUCAUCUGUUAGUCUGUGUCUUUGAUCAGAUUUGAUAUAAUUUAGAGCUGAAAACAGCUGCCCACAAGCAUAGGACAACCGAAACAAAGUGAGAAAAGCAAUGCCAAGUGUUUUCACUGAUUUAAAAUUACUUGGCAGAGGAUUCCAUGCUUUAAGGAUUUCACUUUCAGAACGGCCAAUUACGUUCUCCUUUGUUUUCCAUUCACACUCUGUCUUCUCCUGUGCUGCAUGCAGGUCAUAGAACUUGUUUCUCCAGGUAGAGCUCUCUUGAAAUUCCAAUGGCUCCCUUUUCAGAUUUCCAAAAUCUACCCUGUAUAGGCAGGAAUGUUCAAGUUCUCAAAAUUUGAUUUUAUCUGGAAAAAUCAGAAAACAGAGUUGUCUCCAUUUUGUGGAACUAUAAAAAUCUGUUACUAAAAUUUUUCUUUGUGAUUGCUACAAUACUAGAAAAUUCUUUGUAGGUUUCCUGAUGACUUGUGGGAUUGUCCACAAAUGUUGUAGAAUAUUCUAAAUGCAUUUUAGGAUUUAGAAAAAUAUUUCAACUACCCGCUUUAAGUUUCGGGGUGACUUGGUUUGUGUGCUAACAGAAAGAGCUCUGCAUGCUUACUGUAGCACACGUGCCAUAGCUUUGCCACCACUGGGCUAGAGCAUUUAGCUUCUUGUGCAUUUUGCAAGGGACUUUCAUUUUUGCUUUGGUAACUUUGGGUGAAGAGUUGGGUGUCAAUGGGGUUUGAUGAUAAAAUUAGCUUUUAUUCCAAACAACCUGGAAUGAAGCUUGACGAAAGGCUCCAGAGGGCAACUAGUGAAGUGAUACAGUUGGGAAAUAUGGUUAAUAGAUUAUAGUAAGACUGGUUUUUAUAUUUGUAUUCUUGGUGCUGGGUGCCCAGUUAUGGCAGGUGGUAGAGAUUUCUGGCAGGAAGUUUGAUGUUCUGGGUAAGAAAGUCACAAUAUGAACACGAACUGCUAGUGGGGUCACUUGAAAUCACAUGUCUGGAUAUAAUUAUAUAGGGGAGAGUGAAAGAGUUAUACAGUGUGUCAAAGAAAUAACAGGAGAAUGUGACAGAACUUUGCUCGGGGCAUAUCUUGGUCAUCGCACCUUUGGUUUUUACACCGUAAUUAUGCAGCUGUGGGUUGGCCUUUUUCCUGGGGCCAACUGUGAAGUCAGGAACUGUCUUAUUCAUGUCAGCAUCACUGUACAAAUUCUGAGCACUGUUCUAAGUCCAUGUCAUGUCUGUCAUAGUGUACAAAUGGUGCAUGCAAGUCAUAGAAUUUGUCAUGACAUUUGAGUGGCACUUCAACUAUUCCUGUUUAAUUGACCCCAGCAGCCAGCAUGGAACUUACUAUAAUUUCAAUAUGGUUUGCUUCCUCAGCAGCACGUGCUGAAAUUUAAUCCCCAUUAUGAUAUCUAAAGAGGUGGGAACAUACGAGAGUGUUGGGGUGACUUGGACUCUCCCUUCAUGAAUAGAUUAAUCUCUUCAAGCAAUUAAUAAGUUAACAACUGAAUGGUUAUCUUAAGAGUUGAUCUCCUAAAAGCAGCCUUUUGAGUGGGUCUCUUCCAUGUUUCCUGUCUCCUACCACACAAUGCUCUGUACUCUCAGAACUCCUAACUAGAAGGCCAUUGCUAGAUGUAGCCCCUUGAGGUUGAGCUGGAACUGUGAAUCCAAAUAAACCUGCUUUCUUUAUAACUUAUUCAGUGUUACUAGCAACAGAAAAUUAACUUAGACAGUAUCUGCAAUGUGGUGUUUGUCAAAAAAAUGACACCAUAUAUCCUGAAUGGGCAGAUAAAGAGUCUAGCACAAGAAAUUAAGGAGCAGGGUUUUGCAGGGAAGAAGGAUAAAUAGGAGAGACUUCCGUCAUGGAAAUUGUCCCCAAAUCAUGAAAGACAGAGGUGAACAGUGCUACAAGAUGGCCAAGCAAUGAAGGAUGGCAGAGUAACUGCUGGAAAUGAGGUGCCAAAAACCAGACUGGGUAGUUUGUGAGGGAGACAGAGGCCAGACUGCGUUCCACUACAGUGCAAGGGAGAAGAGGGUGAUGAGAGAGUGUAGACAGGUCCUUAGGAGGUGGAAUCUGUCAGAAGAAGGUAACUGGUUAUACCCGGGAAGGAUGAUGAAACCCUGGGGACUUUUCCUCCGGGUUCUUUUCCUUCUGUUCCCAUCUCAUGUCCCUCCCAUUCUCCCUCUGCUUUAAGGAAACAUUUGAAGAAGUGUACAGGCUAAGGAGAGCCCUUGAAAAAGUCUUAUUCAAGAUGUAGAAAAGAGUAGUGCACACUUGUAAUCUGAGUACUCUUGGGAGGCUGAGGCAUGAAAAUUACAAAUUCAAGCCCGCUUUGGGUAACAGUGUUUUAGCAAGACCCACAUCCAGAUGUGGAGUUCUGUCUCAGAAUAAGAAAAAUAAAAAUAAAAAUAAAAAGGGCUAGGAAUACAGCUCAGUAUGAAAGGCUUAAGUUCAAUUCUCAAUACUCUGAAAACAAAAAAGAAAGGAAGACGUCGUAAUUGAAGAGAGAACUUAUUUUAUAAUAUUUUAUAAAGCCUUGAGACAGGAGAAAAGAGGUAAGGAUGGGUAUGAAGGUGAGUAAAUGAGACGAAUAAGAGGAAGGAAAGGAAAUGGAAGAAAAUCUCAAAGAACUCAAGUCUCUCUACAAAAUACUAACUAACACGUUUUGACCACUUUCUAUGUUCUGAGCAUUCUUAAAAUUAUUUUACAUGUGUAACUCACUACAUUCCUGUGACAACCCUGUAAAGAAAAAAUUACUAUCCUAGUGAAAAACUGAAAUGACUGAAACACAGAGAGGUUAAGCAGUUCUCCUGAAGCGAACAGCUACUAAGUGGUAGAAUCAGGACACCAAGCUGGUGCCAUCCUUCUGUCACACUGACAAUGUUGUGCUCAUGGAAUACUGAAGUACAGCACACUGCUGCUGGAUCAUGUCCAGCAAUGAGUAACCUACAAGGUUGGCAGAUUUCUCUGAGCAAAAUCUACCUUACCAGUUAUGACUGUGGAAAUACUGAGAUCUUUGGAUUGCUGCAGAAGGUUUGGUAGCUUGGGUUGACCGUGCCAGCAGUAGAACAAGUGAAGGAUAAAUCAUGAGAUCUGGCUUCUUGGGAGAAGAAAAAGGGAGAGAGCCAGCUAAAAGGAUGGGAAUCAGGGCAGCAGUAAGACAUUUGAGGCACAAGAAGGUUGAAAGGCAAGUGUAAUGGAAGUUCAAGAGUUGGAGAUUUGUAGAAGAGAGAAAGUCGGGAUUAGAGAAGGACCCUUAAUUCUCACAAAAAUCCUAGAUUUCACAAGUGAGGGCUGGUGCACAAUACAAUCAGUGGGUGUUGAGGUUUGGGGCAUGCGUGGCAGUAAUGGAUUGUGGGUAAAUCAUAUGAAACAUGAAGAUGUCAGAGGUGAGCCUGUGAUUGUGGAAAUGAUGGACAGAUACUCACUGAGAAUCUAAAUUUUAGCAAGCCUCUACCCUAAUGGGUUUAGUUAUAGGGAAAGAUACAAAAGGUGAGCUGGUAUUUAACAUACAAAAAAGUACUUAAUGGCCUCAGUAAAACACUUCAAGGAACCAUUAAAUCACUUACAUUUUGCACUGUAGUUUUUAAAAAAAGAACUUGAAAUAUGAGUUGGCAAAGCAGCACAUUCAACAGGUAACUUUGAAUGCUUUAGCCGAAUCACCUUUAUUAAUUAGGAGGAAAAAACUAUGUCCUUUGGCAAAAUCUCCUCUUUAUUCCACCAUGACUGUUUCUUUCCUUCUGAUAACUUGCAAGAUAGCAAGCUAUGGAAAGAGAGAGGCAGCUGAAGACAGUCGGACUUCCAGAUGGGGUUAGAGAUCAUGGGAGAGGAACUGGAAGCCAGUAAAACUCAGUGUGGAGCCCUCUGCCUCUGUAGUUAGCUGUGUGAUUGGAAACCAGCAAAUAGGUACGGCCUUUGUAACUGUACAUACGAUUAUCUGCUCUCUUCUGCCCAUGUAGCAUUUGAAGAAAUCAGAAUUAGAUCUCAUGUGAACUUAGACAGGCCUGCAUCUGAAGAUAUGGAGCUACCACAUAGGAAUAGAAUAUGUACCCUAGAUCUGACACAUCAUGGCAUGGACAGAAAAUGCAUCAGAUGUGUUGUCUGGAAAUGUAAGAGCAGAAGCUUCAACUUGAAUGGGUUUCUAGGAUAAGGAAAAUAAUUUCUUUACAGAGCAGGCAGUCUAGAAGCAGAAUGUCUAGACUCUGCCUUUGCUUCUCUCUGAUUUUCUUUCCUCCCUUCUGCCAUAUGUUGAUGUCAUUCUUAACUGGACUCUCCUCGUGGCUGAAAGAUGACUAUGACAGUUGGAAGGGUCAUAUUAAGAUGGGAAACAUCAAGUGGAUGGAGAGAGGUCACAUGUUCAUGUCUCCUUGGCAGUGAGGAGACCUUUGCUAGAAGAUCACAGAGACUUGUAAAGAAUUCAGGUCUUAGAGAAAGGAGUAAAGGGUAUCUCCUUUCCCUACCUCCGCCCAAGCCUACAGCUUGCAUUUCAAACAAUUUGAUGUGUGUGCCUCCAGCCCCUUUACCAACACAUUUAGAUCACCUAAGCAAGCCACUAUACCUCCCUUUUAGACAGGAAGAACAAAUGUUGGAGGCAGGAGUAUCUUGUCUGCUCCAGGGACUUCCUUCCUGAAUGAGGUUUAUGGCAUGCAGCCCUCUGGGCACCAGCAUACCCCAAAUUUAGCACCAAGAGAGGAGAGCCAGAGGACCUGGUAGACCCCCUUUUCAGGGAAGGAGAGCUAUUUGUGCCUUCUAAUAUUUUUCCUGCUCUGCUUUUACUUUCUAACCAGAGACCAAGGCCAAUAAAGAGAUUUUUGGAGAGAUCCAGGACUGCCUCGCUGUCAUCUCUGUUUGCCCCAAAGUCUGUCCUUGUUUGUACCCAGUUACUCUUGCAUAAGAGAAGUGAAGGUGCCCUGAUUCUGCGGGUCUAUUAUUUGAGUCACUUGGAGCAAGUUACGUCAAUGGUUAGAAGUCGAGUCUUGGUUUUCUCCAACCUUAAGGUGCAUUUGUUUUUCCUUAUCGUAUUAAGGUUUCUGAAAUAAGGUGUGAGUGGCAUUAAGUAUAUAUCUCCUAAGAGGAUAAUUUUUAAAAAUUAAUUUCUCCUUUUGUUUUUUGGAAAGUUGUUAGUAAGCCAGUGAAGUAACUUUGCAAGUUAGAACUGUGGGAAUGUGAUAAUCAGUUUCCUGAGGUAUCAUUUGGACCGUGGAGAUUGCAUGAUAGCCUGAUCUGUGAACUGUAAAAGUGCUGUAGAAAUACAAGAGGUCUGAAAACUGUCAGCUGUCUGAUCACAUCUUAAAGAUGCAAACAAAGGAACUUCUUGACCUAAAAAGUUAUGAGAAUCUUCCACAGAGUUGUAAUCUGAGUUGUGUGAAUGUGUUUUCCUUUUCUCCUUCUGUCUUUCUCCCCUUUCCACACCCCUCGGUUUUUUUCUGUGCUAGGGAUCAAACCCAGGGCCAGGCCCAUGUAGGCAAGUGCUCUACCACUGAGAUACACCUCGGACCCUGGGAAUGUACAUUUCUCUUCUGUUUCCCACCCUGUAAGACUCAGUAAGCUAUUUUCACUUCAAAUGAAACAAGCAAACAAACAAAUAUAGUUCAUAAACACUGAAAGGGUUUUGUUUUGUCUUUUUGGUACAGGGUCUUGCCAUGAAGUUCAAGUGGCCUUGAGCUCACUGUGUAGCCCAGGCUGGUCUCAAACUUAAAAGAAUCUUCCUACCUCGGCCUCCCAAGUGCUGGGAUUACAGGCAUGUGUCACCACACCUGGCAUUGGAAGUUUUUGAAUUAAGCCUCGGCAAGAUUUGUUUUCUUCUUGUAAUUCAGUGGAUUUUUGACCCUUGCUGGAAUUAUCAGGAUAGUCCCAAAGCUCUUAUUUUUUUUCCCAAAGCUCUUAUUAACCUAAACACAAUGUCAAUGAAAAUGAAUUGGAAUGUUCCAUGGUAGCUGGGCUAAUGCCAUUUUGUUUCUGGUCACCAUUUUGCCUCCUGAGCUCUCCUGUCUAUCCCUCCCAAUUUUCAUUCUGUUGAGACCUGCAACCCCAGGAGAACUUUCUCCAGGUGACCUCUUUUCAAAAACCCCUUUUCUGACUAAGGUUGUACCUAGUCCUUACCUACACCACCAACAUUUGGACCAAGGUGAUGGUCUCGUUUUUUCCUCAGACCUAGAAAUGAGCCUCUGUAUAAUGUUUAACCACCGUAUCCUAAGGGCUGACAUUCUGAACUCUGUGUUGGGUGUCUGCCACUGAUGAAUAAAACUUGCUUGCUUCUGUGCUCUUUGAGUGUCUCUUGUGAUUUUGCUACAUCAGAGAAAGGAGGUGUUGCAAGUAAAGUUGAGCACUAGGAUGUCAUUGGGUACCCACAGUAUGCCAAGCAACACGGAUGGAUCCAAAUCAAUUAUUCAGAUACCUCAUUUCUGUCUAAGCAGGGUCCAAGGAAGAUAGCGAAAGGAACAAAGUCUAGGACUGCCUAAAAAUUCUCUCUCAGCUAAUUCCAGUGAUUUGUCCUAAUUACAAGUCUGAAGAAAUUCAGAAUCUGGAAGGAAAUUUGGUAAGCAAAGGAUGCUAAUCAAAUAACCCCAUGGAAACAAAAUCACAGAGAGAUUGUUUAUAUUCUCCUGACAAAUCUCAUCAGCUGUGUAGUGUUCAUUUGCAGGUUAAUGUUCUAUCACAGCUACAAAGUCAGGAGUCUCCAGAGGCUUAAGCAUGAGGUAGCUGAGUCCCAGUGUCAUUGGAAAGGGGACUGCACCCAAUGGGGACCAUGUCAAGGCUCUGUCACCUGUCAGUGGGUAUUUUGCUUCUGUCCUUAGUUCUGGGGUUCACCAGCAGAGAGGACUACAGUCUCCGCCCUUCUGGAGUUAAUAUUCUCAUUGCUACUGCUUUAAACAAAAAUUAAGCCAGAAUUAUCUCUAUUGUCUUAAAAAUAAUUACAAUAAACUUAUCUUUAGAAAAAGACUGAAUGCAUCAGACAUACUGGUAUGUUCCUGGGAAUAAAUUGACCAGAUUUUGAUUUUGUUAGUGUUUAGAUCUUUUUCACAUAGAGAAUACUUCUGGAUAAACAUGUUUACUAUAAUUGUAAGUAGAGAUAGUUUAUUUUUAACAUUCUGUUUGGUCUUAGUUUUCCAAAUAACCAUAAUUAUAAAAUGUUAUUGGUUGUACAGGGCACCACCUGGUUUAUUUAAUUCUAGUUUUACUGUUCAAAUGAAAAUAAGACUUCAUCAUAAAAAUUUCCAUUUCUCCUGUUGUGGUACUGACUGUGAAAAUUACAUCACUCAUUGAAAUUGCUACCAAACCCCUAACAGAUACCUUUAUAUCUCUAUAACUUCCAAUGGUCACUGUUAGGUCCAAAUAUCUGAGUAAUUGUUUGUUUCCUGAAACUUGUAUAUUUAAGCCUUAACUGCUUUCAAAAGUCAAAAUUGCAAAAAAUUUCAUUCCAGGAUCUUAUUUAGCUUUACUUAUGUGAGUCUAGAAUCAGGCAAUACCUCAUUUCAUGAAAUGGAAUAUUUAUUCUGAUAAACCAAGCAGUGGAGGUUGGUUUUAGACAGAAAAAUGUCAAAGAAAGUAGAAAAAGAACACAACGUAGAUUGGUCCUUGCUAUGACUUGUGUAUAGCUUCCCUCCGCCGGCCCACGAAGUCCUACAUGGAGCUUUCCAGAGGUGGCUGGAUCUGCACUGUGUUAAUCUGGGGUUAAGUGUGUGAUGAUUGGAGCAAAGGUGUGUAAUUACUGAGUUAGUCCACUGAGUGGUUUGGCAUAGCUCUGGGUGUGGAUAAUGGGGAGAACCACCCCGAGUGUGAGUACACCCCCACCCUAAAGAUGUGUAGCCUGGAUAAAACAGAAGAGACAGAAAGACGGACGCUGCUGUCCUUGCUUGCUGCUGCUGCUGCCUUCCGCCCGCCAUGAACUGUUUCUCCUCUCUGAUGUGCCUCUGCCAUGCCAGCCCAUUAUAGACUGAAAACUGUAAACUAUGAGUCAAAAAUAAGCAUUGCCUCCCUUUACUUUGAGGGUCAGUUAUUUUGUCUCAGCAACAAGAAAAGUAAGUCAGACAUUUUGAAGUUACUGUUGUAAAGGUUAAAGCUGAGAGGACUUGUUUAUCACCGCAGCUAACAUUGGCUUGUUUGAGGAUUUGCCUGCCUUCUCUCAAUUUCUUGGAAAGUCAGAUAAACAGCUUUUGGCUUGAUGGCGGAACUUUAGUGUGAGCGACUCCAUUGGUUUGCUUUGUUGGGCCUAGUGCAGAAGCUCAGUUCAAGUCAAUGACCUCUUACAAAAUUUAUUUAGCUCUGCCAAUAGGAUGAUAUUAGAAAUAUUUACACCACCAUGAGGGCAGUGGGAGGUGACUAGGAUUAUGAGAGGCCAUAAAGGUCACAUUUCCAAAUGAGAUUAGUACAAGAACAAGAAAGACGUGUCUCUCCACUGAGCAAGUGCAUGCACAAAGCACACUAAAGUAGGGUAGUUCCAAAAGCUUACUUUAGAACUUCCAUCUAGCUACACAGUUCUGUGUCGCGUGGUUCCUCCAGGGUGACCUGGGUGAUUUCUAGUGUGUCCUGGUCCAGUCAGCUCCCUUCUGAGUGCUCAGGGCCUCUUGUAUUUUCAGUAUUGUCUUGAGUGACACUCAGUUAGAAAACUAACUUUUCUUCCUCCAUAGUUCAUUUCAAAGCAUACCGGCAUUUUUACAAAUGUCAAAUCUUCACCAUUAGGCAUUAUAUUUGUUACUGAUUAGUAGUACAUUGCAGAUUUAAGAGGUUGAUAAACAUUUUUAAUGGUGAGAAAAUGUGACCAGAUUUUUUUCACUUAGAAUAAUGUCUUCAGUUUCACUUACAUGGUAGCAUGUACCACCCUUCCUCUUAAGGCUGCAUAAUCUUCCAUUAUGUAGCCAAAUGUAACACAUUUUAUUUAUCUAUUUAUCUCUCAAUGGAACUUCGGGAUGUUUCCACUUUUUUGACAUUAUGAAUAAUAUCAUCACAAAUAUAGCUAUACAGAUAUCUGUUUGAACCCUAGCUUUUGAUUAUUUUGGGUAUAUACUUGAAGGAAAGUUGCUAAAUCAUACAAUAAUUCUUUUUCAUAAUCUGAGGGACAACUAUAGGAUUUUAUAAUACUGCCAGCAAUGAAAAAAGCCUUAGACUUCUCCACAUCCUGGCCAGCACUUGUUGUUUUCUAAGUUUUUUUCUUUUCUUUUCUUUUUUUUCUGUACCAGGAAUCAGACUCAGGAUCUUGUGUUUGCCAAGCAGGCGCUAUACCACUGAGCCCUAUUUUCUGAGUUUUUGUAAUGGUCAGUAUAAUGUACAUGAAGUCAAACUUGUUUUAAAAGUAGUAGUCUUCUCCGAAGUAUUUCCUCCAAAUAAAAAUAGUGCAUAUUUGGGUGAAAAAAUAAAGAUGAUUUUUAUUGUCCUUUUUUUUUGGUACGGGGAAUCAAACUCAUGACCUUUUGCUUGCCAGGCAGGUGUUUAGGCCAUUGAGCUAAAUCCCUGCCCCCCCUUUCUUUCUCUGUGUGUGUGUGUGUACAUGUGCACAUGUGCAUUUUAUCUGCCAAGUUUAUUUCAUAGAGCACACAUUUACACAGAGCUUUAACAGUGUUUCAACACACACCAUAGGUUCAGAAAAACAUCAGAACCUCAGUUUUUUAAUGUGAUUGUCUCUACCUUCUAUGUGAAAGCUAGUGUAUAAAAAGUUUUGAAACUUAAGGCAACCUGCCCUAAUCUAUAACAAAGAUAAGUACUUGAAGUAGCAAAAAACAAAAGAUUAGAAAGAAUAGUUGUCUCCUUUUACGAAUCCAGGACUGGUAGCCAAAAGGAGUAAUUGGUUUACUUCAAAUUCUGUGAUUCAACACCAUGAAACUCAUUAGUGUUAGGACAAGGAACUCGCAUUCAAGUUUCAUGGAAUCAUAUAUCUGGUGUGUGUGUGUGUGUGUGUGUGUGUGUGUGUGUGUAAGUGUACUUACGUGUGUGCACAUGCGUGUGCUUCUCAUGGGGACUGGAGAGUGAGGCUGCCCCCGUCCUGCCUUGCAGCUCGUGCCAAGAGGACAUCACGAUCUUUUUGCUCCACUGCCUCUUUUUUCUGUCUGAAGUGUGUGUAACACACACAAUGCAAAGUAUCCAAAACCCAGAGUCCAGGUGCUUCGCUUUGGAGGUUAGCAGCACCUCCUGUUUGCUCUGGCUGUGCAGCCUGCACAUGGACUUCAUGCUUCUCGAUCUGGGACGGACACCCCAGCCCUAUUCGGUGUGCUAAGGUCAUCCUCGGGCGCUGCAGCUGCAGGGCUUGCCUCUGCUCGCUGAAGCAGAACCAGGGCCUCUAGCAGUGAAUCAGUCUUCAGAAACACAGUCAGGUUCCAGCAUGUGCCCUUCGAAUGCCCUGGCCUGCCUGCCUCCCUAUCUCGUUUUUAGCACAAGAAAAUCUCCUGUUAGGGUUUGUCCACUCGCUGAGGUCUGGGCUGGUCACCUUAAUUAAUUACAACUGGAAGGGGAGGGUAUUUUCUUCCUAUUUUGUAAAUUUGUAGUCUAUAAUUUUCCACAGAAUUUUAAUGCUUAUAACAUUUGUCUUAGCUUUAAUAUCAGUUAAUAGUCCAUAUGUACCAAUUUAUAAAAGGUAGAAGAAAUCUUUUUAUGGAGCCAUUAUUACUUUUGUAAAAAUAAAGGGUACUCAGCUUAUAAUAAUGCAUUUUACAUUUUUCUUUGUUUAGGUACUGGAGACUGAAAGCUUAGAAAGUGUGUAGUGUGUGUGUGCGUGUGUGUGUGUGUGUGUGUGUGUGUGUGUUAGAAAACUUGAUGAACCAGGAAACAGGUAAGGAGGAAAGACACAAGUUAAGACCUCUUUAAUAAAUCCUUGAGAGAUUCUCCAUGUAAGACUGACUGCUUCAGUCAGUUAUCAGAGACCUUCAGUGCAGAUGUUUUUUUUUUUUUUUUGUUUUGACAUGAUGAUGCUGGCUGCUUGACUGGAGGGCCAAGAUUUUGAAGAGAGAGGAAAGAAAACUGUUAGCACUGUCCGCACUUGAGCUGUUAGGACUCAGGCUGGUUGUGUGCAGAUAUGGGGAACAGCAGUGAAACCCUGUGACUCACUAGGGAGCCUGUCAUUGUGGAAGGAGUUGAAGCUGUGAUGAAUUGUGCACUGGGUAAUUCCAUUUACUAAUCACUUCACAGCUGAGUAAGACACUGCCUUUUCUUUUUUUCUAAACAUUGCUUCUCCAGGUUUUGUGUCCUAGCAAUAGGGACACUGAACUGUGCAGAAGGCAUAAAGAAUUCAGUAGAAAUUGUAGUUUGGGUUUUGAUCUUUUUUCAGGCUAAGACUGUUUGACUUUUAUGAUGCUUGGCAGUGGCAGCAGGCCGCAGCUCUGAUUCAGCCAUAAAGGGUAGAAAAUCCCUAGUCCACAGUGGACUGUGCCACCUGAGUUUGGAGGAUAUUUUAUGUUGUAGUUUUGCACCUCAUUAUGUCUGCCUUGUGUGUACAUGGUGUAUUACAUGCUUAGUUAUAAAAUAGACUUUUUGCUACCUGAUUUUUCCCAAUUAUAGGUAGCAUAAGUGUUCUGAGUAUGUUGCAGAUAGUCUGGGCUAAGCAAUCAUGUGUACUAGGUUUUUGACUCAAUAUUUUCUUUCACACCGACCCCUUACCUCCUUUCCAGUGCUGGGGGUCACAUUCAGGGCCUCAUGCAUGUUGGGUGAGCACUGUAUCACUGAGCUAUAUUUCUAAUCCCUGACUUCUAUUUUAAACUUUGGGUGAGGUUAUUCAGAGGUGUGUAGACUCAUUGUAAGUAAAGAAGUGCCCCACACUCUGAACAUGGCCACCUCUGUUCACCCACCUGAUCCCAUGGUCGUCUUCAGGUCAUUACCUGUAACUUAUCUAUUCAUGUUUCCUCUAUUUAGGUACAAUUGUUUUUUCAGUUCUAAACACUGUUUCUUAAGAAAUUUAUUUUUAUUAGUACAUGUUUGUAGCACAUAACGAUUUCGUUCUCAGUGGUGAACAGUGGAUCUUAAUUGGAGAUCCUCAGGCUUCAUGUCUUACUGGAUUUUCUAUUCCCACAGUGUGAAAUCACUUUACAUUUCAUCUGUUUCAUCAUGGUGUGUGUCUACAUGGUGAAUGGAAAGAGCCUUCACGAGAGAUGUCUUUGGUAGAUUAACAAGAUUUUGUAGGGGCAUGUUAUAAUUCUUACUGGUAUUGGAAUGGAACCUACUGAUUUCUUUUGGCAAAGUGAGUCAUGUCCUACUUUUUUUCAAGUAAAACAGGACUGCACCUAUGUAAUUAUGCUAAUCAAGGACCUGCCAUUUAAGUGAGAUGCAUUUAGUAUAAAGGGAAAAUAAUGCAAAAAAAGAAAAGAUAGAAACCAGUUACAUGAGGCAAAAAUGUUUUGAGUUUAUUUAUUUGUUUAUUUAGUCUUUUUGAGACAGGGUCUUGCUAUGCAGUUCAGGCUGGCCUUGAGCUCACUUUGUAGCCCAGGCUGGUCUCAAACUUGCAAUGAUCCAUCUGUCUCAGCCUUCCGAGUGCUGGGAUUGCAGGUGUGCACCACCACACCUAGCUUAUAAUUUAAUAUGAUUUAUUAGAUGCAAAGAAAGCACUGUGUUAUCUCCAUUGUUUCCUGUUGUGUUUUAAUGAUGUGGAUCUGCUUUCAAGAACAUUGAUGGGACAGAGAUGAGUUAAGUUCUCGUCUGUGUGACAUAGUGCUUGUUUUCAGUCAGGAACCAUCUGAUCCUGACCUCAGCUUUAACGUUCACUGUGGUUCCUCAUCUUUUCAGUCUUUGGUGAUGAGACAAAAGACAACAAACUGCUAGCUUCUUUGGACAGAUGGAGGCCUAGAAGGUAUGAAGUCCAGAAAUUCUUGAUCCUUUGCCAGCUGAAUAUUUAUAAGUAUCACGAGGCCUCAGCCCAUGGAAGCCAAUAUGAUUUGGCAGCUGGAACCUUAAAUGCAUGUCCCUUAAGGAAGUGGUAUUGAUUUUAGUAAAGUAUGGCCCAUGUGUGGUCAAGAUGACUGAUAUGUACUUGCUUCUGUGAUCCUAAGGAACCAAGGUACUUGACACAUUUUUGAUAGAUCUCGACUAUGUGUUUCUAAAGUGCUGCAAACUUCUAGCCAAGCUGCUGAGUUCUGCUCAGGAUCAUUACCUAUCAGCUGGUGAAUGCAGGAGGCUCUAAUUGCCAGUUCUAUCAGGAGUGUUUGCAUGAGCCUUGUUUUUGACUGAAUUCCAGCAACAGAUGGUCAUCAUGGCAUAUAUUACCUACAUUCCCCUGAGACAGGAGUUUAGGUUAUUGUGAACCUGGGUAGUAUGAAAAGCCAACCUAGAUAAAUGAAAAGCAACACAGUAACAUUCAAGUUGUCUUCAAUUCAUUUUAACUUUCAAGAAACAUUUAUGAGGAACGCUUUUGUAUGUUAGGAAUAUUCUAGGUGCUUGGAAUCCCACAGAAAAUAAGAUAGACAAAAAUCCCUCGUUUAGGGGUUUUAUAUUUUCAUAGUGAAGACAGAUAAUACAUGAAUAAUGAGACAACUUGAAUAAUGGGAACUGUAGCAUCAAAUAAAUUUUUAAAAGCCUAAUUUAACAAAAGUUAGUAUGGAACUUGGGACAGAGGCAUCAUGAAAUAGUUAUGGUGGGAAGAGAGCUUAGAGACAUUUGAGCUGAGAUCUGAUUGACAGGAAGGAGCCAGCUAUGUGCAGACUAGGGGAGAAUGUGCCAGGCAGGAAAGAGCAUGUGCAAAAGGGCUGAGGCGGUUUGAGUUUGGCAUUUUCUGAGACCAGCAGGAGGGCCUGGGAAGCUGGCCCCUUAUGUCCCAUGGGAAGAGUGAUAGGAAGUAAUGUUUGAAGACUUGAAGCCAGUCAGAUCCUGUAUCGCAUUGUGGGCCGUAGAAUGUGAGAUGUUCUCAGGGAAAUAUGGAAAGCAUUCGAGAGUUUUAAGUAGGGAGUGAUGUGGUCUGAUGAAUAGUGCUGUAAAUUACUACACAUUAUAUCUGUGGUCCAAUUAAAAAACCCUCCAGAAUGUGUCACUAUACUUGUGAGAAUAUUAUUGGGUUUAUAAUAGGCUACACAUUUAAUUUUGUAGAAAAUACCAAGAGCACUUGCCUAGCUUUCGUGAAACUCCUGGUUCACCCCCAGUAUUGUCCCUCCAAAAAAAAGCUUAACAAAACUCCUUUCCAUCAGCUUUACUUUUUAGUCCCAUCCUACAUUUGCUGACUUUGGAAUUUCUUUAGAAGUUCUGUUCCUCCAUUCCUGGGUCUUUUGGAGGUUCUGUAAGUUAGUUUGCUGGUUAUCAUCUAUCUCCUUUAUCUGUUGGAUUAGAUUUUUAGCAUUCUCUGUUUUGCUAAUUCAGAUAUCAUCUAUUCAUUUAUUUGUUAGCUUCCAAAGCUUGGUUAACAUCUUUUGUCUACUGUCAUCUUUUCUCUCUUUUUAAAAAAUUCAUUGUGGCUUAUUUCUUUUUAUUUCUUUACUAUCCAUGGGAUUUUAUGGGGAAGCAGAGAUAAACAUGUGUAAGUCUGCUUUAUUAAGUUAGAAACUGAAUGUAUCACAAGGUAUCUAAGUAAUUCUUCCCUAAUGGAAACUCAUUCUAAUGUUAUGCAGUUACAAAUAAUUCUCAUGUACUCUUAUGCAAACAUAUCUAAGCAUUAUAUGACAAAUUUCUCAACAUGGAACCCUUGGGUCAGAAACGAAGUAUGUUUAAAACUUUUGAUGGCUAUUACCAACACUUAAAUUUGAACUAAUUAAUAUUCAUAUCAACAUUGUAUAUGAGGUAGAACACAUUUUUGUUAGUGUACUAGCCACAUGUCUUCAGUGAUGCUGGACAAAAGAUUUAUUUGAUUGAUUUAAAACACUUCCUCUACUGAUAAUCUUUGUUGAUUUUCAUACUAGAUAACUGAAAAAUGGUACUAAGCACUAUUAUAUUGUAGUUCUCCAAGAAAAAAUGUAACAUGUAAGUAACUAACAGUAUAGCAACAGAAAUGUAACCAAUAUAAUUACAUAGAUUUGUCUUUUUACUUUGUUCUUGUCGCUUAGAAUUCUUCAGUUUCAUAGGCUACCAAAAUUUUCAGCAUUAGAGGAACCGUGAUUUUAUUAUAAUCUGCUUUUACUAGAUUACUUUAGUGGGAACUUUCAUUUUCUGCUUUAUGUUUAUACACUCAUUCUCUAGAUCACCUUGUUUCUGAUAUGACUGCUGGCCUUUCUGGUUAUCUGAGUGUUUGUGUUAAAAGGACAAAAACACAUUUUCUUAGACCCAUGAAAUACUAGAAAAAUAACUAUGUGAGAUGGAGAGCCUGCUAAAGAACUGGAAAAAUCUGAGACUGGGAAUUUGACAGUUUAGAGUUUACAUUAGCUCAGCUACGUAUUACUGCUGAUGUUGGGUGACCAUAUAAGCUUUGAGCCUUUUUUUGGGGAGGGGCUAUGGGGGAUCGAACUCAUGACCUGGCACUUGCCAGGCAGAUGCUUAUACCACUGUGCCAAAUCCCUGGCCCCUGAGCCAUAUCUUUAAGGUAAGAGUAAUAAGGCCUUUAAAAUAGUUGCAUCUUUGAUGUGUAAACUACAGAAAUCAAACAGUAUAACAAAAAUAAAAAAGCAAAUUCAUUUAUUCACUUAACAGAGAACCUCAAGGACGAAAUUUACCUAGCAUAUAUUUAAACUAUCAAGUGUAUAUAUUUAUAAUUAAUACUUUAAAUAAGUGCAUAUAUUUAAACAAUAUCAAGAAUGUAUAAUUCUAUCUCUCACCUAAUCUUUCCUGGGUUGACUUGGUGAAGACACAAAUGGCCACCAGCAGCCCAGUGCUUGAAUUCUGUGACUUGGGAACUUCAUGCAAAGCAGGAACAUCUUCUCAGGCAUCCCCAAAAGUGUCCAGGGCUGAGUCUUAUCUCAUCUGGUGUGGUUCAUACAUCUCUCAGAGCCAUUGUCUGUAAUUGUCCAGUCCUCUCCAGGAGAAAUGGGUUCAAGGUAAACAAAAAUGGGUGAGUUGCCCACAGUAAAAGUGAGGUGCUGUUGUCCAGAGGAAAGGGCCUGGGUGCUGGGCAGAGAAAGGCAAGAAGUAACUCCUGAUUUUUUCAGCUUGCCUCUCUUGACUGGGCCAGGGCUGAAAUACACAUUUGUAAGUAUAAACUCAUGGUGCUAUACAACAAAUGUAUGUUUGUUCUUUCUUUUUAUUAUGUGGAUCCUUCAUUAUGACUGAGUAAAAUAGGUUUCCCCAAAUAAAUUAUUUACAGUUAAUCUUUGCAGUUCCUUUUGGGCAUGAAUGAAUCAUCCCAAUUCUUAUUUCUAAAACUUCUCUUAUAAUAUGUAAUGUAAAGGAAAUUUUCGAGGAAAGAUAAUAGUAACUUUUAGAAAAUAAUAUAUAUUAUUGUGUUUAUCCAGUCUUGUUUAACAUGCCUUGGCCAAUGAAAUCAUGAUAGAUUAUCAUACCUUGAUGUGUACAGUGAUAGCCAGUUAAGAUAUGCAUAACUUUAGAACAUUGUGUGUAUCACACCAUAAACAAAAGAAACCAGCAGAAUGACCUGGAUAGCUCUUCAGGGUCUGAGAGCAUCUUCCAAGUAUUCCUUCGUCCUCUGGGCAGCCUAUUUUGAUAUUAUAUAUAACUUUUCUUGCAUCUAAUAAUGUUUAAACUGGUGCUACCUUUGGAAGUAACUUUCGUAAUGUUAAGGAUCUCUUGUAAAAGCGAAACUCCCUUUUCCAUGUGUAAUGUAUCAGGAAAGCUUCAUUUGCAGAGGGUAACAAACUGCACCUUUGUGGUCUACUUUUCAUGUGAAGUGUGUUAAGAAGGGAGUAACUUCCCCUGUCUCUUUAGGAAAACAGAGCUUCCUGCUCUUUCAGGUAACAGACAGCUCUGUUUCCACUUCCAACAUGUCCUGAAUUUAGCAAUUUGAUUAUGUAACCUAAGCAAAUCGUGCACACAGAAUCUCAUAUCAGCUCUUCACUUCUCCCCCAGCAGGGCCCCUGUGAAGCUGGCUGUUGGUAGGGGGACAGCAAAGCAAGGUCCUUCCCUCUUUCCAGCCUGCAUUAAUUUUUAAAAACUCCUUUAGGGCUGACUUAGUUGGAGCAGGGAUUAGGAAAACAGAACAUACUCUUCCUUAGUGUGUAUACUUGUUGACUUUCUCUCUAUUGGGUAAUUUCAAGUUUUGCUUUGCUGCUUGGGACCCUUCUUUGCUUAUCCCUUGUAGGCAAAACGCUGUGAGGACUGUAGUAUAUCUCUUUUGGGUGAUUUCAACUGCAUCAGCUCCUCGUUGCUUGGUGUGUUACGGUCUCCGUUGGAAAACUGUUCCCUCUUCAGGAGGCUGGUAUGGACUGAAUGACUCCAGGAAGGUCUUACCAACAAGGCCUGGACAUGGACCAUGGGAUUCUUCACAGAUGCUGUGAGGGAUGAGGAGGGAGAGCAGGGAACAUGUGUUAUAUGAAGUGAAAUCUAUAAUUGGUCUUCAUCCCCUAAAACACUUGGAGUCUCCUACAGACUAAGAGGGACGAGAACACAUUUUUCUGUAACAGAAAGUGUGUUCCUAAGUCCUUGUUAGCGUUCUUACAGGCACAGAAUUAAUUCAGAAAGGAAAGGAACGUUCUGUGGGAGCUGGAGGACUUUGCUGCCAAGCUCCACUGUGACAGUUUUGACUCUUCUGGAAUUCUUAGGUCUUUCUUGAUUUUUUAAAUGACAGCAUUGCUGAUGGUCUGGAUGGGGAAAAUAUAUUUUUUGUGUAUAUUUCUCCUUGAUAAUGAUUAGCAUUACAUUGACUUUUUUGAUUAUAGAAGGACAUUUGAAGCCAGCCUAGGCAAUAUAGUAGGAAGACAGUGCUCAAAAGAAAGAAAAAUUACGUAGAGCAUGAAAUAUGUAUUACAUAUACCUAUAUAUCUGUAGAUAUAUGUUAUUAUUCACUUAAAAGUAGCCACUUUAAGGAUUUUUUUAGGUCAAGAUAUCAUUGAUCACAAUUUUUUGAGUAUUUUACUUUAUUUUAUAUUUUUUUGCAGUGAUGGGCCAGACCCAGGGGCCUCAUAUGUGUUAGGCAGUGUUCUACCACUUAACUAUACCUCUGACUCCAUGAGGCUCAAUCUUCUUAAAACAAUAUUAAACCUUUACCAUAGGUUGAUACAUUGUGUCAACUUGAGAAGUUUAGAAGUUUAACUGAGAGACUCAGCAGGGAGCCAGGGUUCUCACUGUGUAAAUACCUUCAUCUUGUGCAAAGGAGGGCAAGGAGAUUUUGUGAGUGCACAACCACAAGGGAACGGGGCUGUGUACAGUAUAAGGAGGAGAAGAGGCUUGCUUUCUCCUUUUUUUUCUGGCUGCUACCCUGAAAUGUUGCCCCAAGGCCAUGCCACACUUCUUUGGAGCCAGUUGAUUAUUGACUGAAACCUCCAAAAACUGUAAGAUAAGAAAAGCUUCUCUUCCCUAAUUUUGGGAGUCAGGUAUUUUGCCUUAGCAACUAGAGAAAAAUAACCAAGACACAUAGUCUUCCAGAUAGCCUUAGUAAAUAGCCAUUCUCUGAGAAGUUGAAUGUGAUUUUUGGGAAACAAACUAACCAGUAAUCACUGGGAACUGAAUCUGAUGGAUAAUAUUGAUUAUCAUAUUAGGCAAAGCUUUUGAGGUCAGAAUAGUAUGUCUAUAAAAUGUUUUUCAUGUUUAAUUCCACUUUUGAUAGUGGGUUUUAAAAACAAUUUAAGAGUAAUCUCAAACAACAGUAAUGCUAUUAAACUGUGCCCAUAUCUCUAGAGAUUACUGUUUGAAAGUAAAAAGUACAGAAAGUAUAAAAAGAAAAUGCUCAAAUGCUCUUCCUUUCCUCACAAAGCUGUCUUUCCUGAGGCAGUACCAUAGCUACCCCCGGCUUGUCACACAAGUCCUUCAACUUAUGUUGAUAAUUGUGCAGAACAAUACUCUCAGCCAGAUCUCAGUAUCUUUGUGUAUACUUUAUCUCACUUCACUAUGAGCUCUCUCUGUCCCAAAUAACACCAAUCCCUUUUAAAGGUAUGUGUAGCUUUGUGCAGUGACAUUAGCAUAGCCAAUGAGAUUUAUCCAAGUUGUGAUUAUUGCUAAUUGAAAACUUUUCCCAAUACUCUGUCAUGACGACUUGAAAUAAGUCGGCAUUGGCAAUUUUUAACAGUUUCUUUGGAGACUGAGAGAAAUAAAAAUAAAGUGUGAGUGUUUUCCUUUGGGAAGCCUCCAAAAUUACUCAAAGAGCAUCUGUCUAUAGGCUUCUAAGCCAUCAUUUGGUGGGAAACUGUCGCCAUUGUUGGUUUCUUGCUGCUAUUAUCCCAGGCACAGUUAAUGUUGUCACCCUACAUAUUAAAGCCUCACAGAGCCUCUUACAGUAAUAGCCUAUCAAUCUGUGGAUGAGGGAGUGUGGUUCCUAAGUUCUUAACAGCAUUUCUGCAGGUACAGAAUUAAUUCAUGACAUUCUUCCAUGGGACUGUGGCCUGGGCUGCCAAGCUCCAGUGACAGUGAAGAGUUCACUGUCAGAUCCUCUUUCAGCCGUGGUGCAUGUGACUCUCUUAGCACUGGUCCACAAAUAUGUGCUUAAAAAAUUGUAGCUGCUGAUAUGGUGCAAUCACUUUAUAGUAUUAAAGCGUUGGCUUUUUUUUCCAGUCAAAUCAUUUCAGACGUUUUCUUUAAACACCCAGUUAAUCACUCAGAUGUUAUUUCACCUUAAAAGAGCCUUUUUACUUUGUCACAAGAUGGUCAGUUCAUCCAGAGGAAUCUGACCUUUUGUGUAGCCUCUUAGGAACCCAUGGCUUCCUUCCCAGUCACUUGCAAAAGGAUUCCCCGCGGUGAGCCACCAGCCUUUUGAAGACAUCCAUUGGUGGGGAAGGGGUACAUGGCUCAUCCUGUAGUUUCAGAUUUCAUUCAUGAAUGUUUUUCGAUUUUAGGAAUUGAGUCAAUUCACAGAACCACGGAACAGUAGAUACAGCUAUGUUCUGAAACAUGGUUCAUCUACUGUUUGCUCAUCUGUGCCCUGUUAACUAUGAGUGCAAUGUGUUCCUCAAAGAAUCACAGUUAUUUUUAUUACAAAAUGAAUGUGAGGAGAAAAAAAAUAAAGUACCAGGGAGGUCCUGGCUCUAUACUAUUUCUUUCUUUGUAUCCUUUAUUUUUAGAUUUAUUUCUAUCACAUGUCGGUCACAUAAUUUACUUAUGAAUUUGACUCCUGUAUUUUUCUUUUUCACUUUAUUUUUACUUAGCAUUACAUAACAGGUGUGCUGCCUAGUACACUGUACAACCUUCUUUCAGAGGGCAUUUUUUCCAUCAUUUAGAAAAAUGACCCUUUAACAAGUAUUUGCCACACCCUUUCUUAAAAUGGUAAUGAUCACCUCCAGAGAUGCACCUUUUUUAUCCAAUUACAUUGAUGUGCAUGGUGGGCACCGCUUUUUCAAUAGUGAUCUGUGGACAUAGGCCAUGGCCACUUUGGAGAAAAGCAAGCAUGCGUCCAUGAUGAUGAAUCCAGAGAACCAUAUCUUGGCAUGGUUACCUAGCUGGAAACUCAGCUCUGGUCCCCUUAAAGGCUUCAUUCAUCCUCAUUCUAAAUUUAAUGAUGGUUAUAUGAACCCUAAAUCUCCUUUUCUGACUGAGGUAAGGAGGGAAUCCAUUUCUCAGUCUUUGCAUAUCCCCCUCCCUCCUUCUUUUCUUACUAAAAAUGUAAGUAAGUAACUCACAGGAGCUUUUAGCAUAUAACCCAUAUCUUAAGAGUGAGGCAUUGAGUUUGCUGCCCACCAGCCUUGUAAGACAUGAGUCAAUUCCAGAGUACAGAGUUGGGAACUCAUUUGUUCCUGACCUAAGAACUAGUAACUGACUAGUAACUAUUUUGGCUGAUUGCCCUGAUUCUGGAGUCGUUUGCUUCUGCUUUGGUUUAUUUCACAUUUUGUAAAAUGAUGCUUAAGUAAAAAUACUUUUUUUUUUGGCUGGGUUCCUGUUUUUUCUUAAUUUUAAAGAGAAUAAAACAAAACAAUCUAGUGAAAGUGUUUUUCUCAGUAAGCAUAUUUGCUCAUCGGGCAUUCUUUGCCCUGACUUAUUUUUUCCUGUUACUUAGACUGUUCUUCGUCUUUCUGUUUCUACACAUCGUUCUUAAAAGCAUCCUCAUCAAAAGUUUUUAUAGAUCACGUGAAGAGACAGGGCACUGCACAGAGAUGGUUUGCCUGGGAAGCCUGUACUCCUGAAGGUUCUCUCCUUCUGUCUUUUCAAAGAGUAAGUUAAUCUUGAACACCCACAGAUAUGCAAGUUGGAAUUACAAUAGAAUAUUCUGAUGAAUCUUUUAAAAACAUUUCUACUUAAACACCACGGUAGCCAUUGAUGAUUUCCUGUCAUUUUGAUUCAAAAGCCAGAAAUACUUUUAUUCUUGGUUUUGACUGGUUUUAGUCUGUUUUCAAUUAUUUGAUCCCAAUAUAUAUGAAGAUAUGGACAACUAUUUUGAAGAAAACAAGAGACAUUAUGGUAGCCAUUAUUGAUUUCCUAGUGUCUGUUUUGAAAGCCCUUAAGGGCUUUCCUGUUACUUAGACUGUUCAUCUUUCUGUUCAUCUUUCUGACUUAGACUGUUCAUCUUUCUGUUUCUUCACAUCCUUCUCGGACUAUGUGUGUUGACUCUGCUUGCAUUCUCAUCCUGGCCUCCUGAAGUGCUCCCCCAACCCCGCGUCAACUAUUUGUGGCUGUCAGCAACACAAAUGCAGUAAGCUGAUGGUAGGAAAAGGGUAAAUUUUGUGGAAUUAUUCAUGAAUAGGAAGAACACAGUCCCUGAAAUACCUCCGAAGGUCUAGGUAAGAAAAGGCUGGUAGAUAGUAUAGCAGCUGGAGCUGGGACCUGGGGAGCCACUGGAAUCAGUAAAGUCACCCUUCAUUCCGUCCUUUCUUUAGGUGUCAUGUGGUUUCUUGCUAUGGAUCUGUAUCAGAGUUUCUUGAAUGUCACUGUUGCCAUUUUUGACCAGAUAUUUCUUUUCCUUUUCAAGAUGUCCUGUGCAUUGUAGGAUACUUAGCAGCCUCCCUGGCCUCUGCUCAUGAGCUGGCAGUAAUAUAUCCCACAAGAAAAGGGGUCUCUAGACUUUGUUAAAUGUCCUUAGAGGAAGUGAGUUUCCUUGGUUGGUUGGAAACUAGUGGUACAUAUAAAACUGCUUUAUUCUCCUGUUCUUGGUUACUCUGUGUGUAUGGGAGAAAAUGGCUUCCAGCCCUGUCUCACCUCUCCACUCUUGGUUAAGUGUUCCAUUUCCCAAUUCCAACUCCAAAGACAGGAUCACAGGAUUUGAUUGUCUCUGGGUUAGUUCCUUGGGAAGAGGUAUCGACUCUGUUCCCUCAUGAAGCACAAACAUGGUGUCAAAUCCUCUCCUCCAGAGCAGUAAUCAUCCUGUGGAGCUCAUUUUUCCCUGCAACUCAGUUUAUUCUCUGGUAAACACCUGUAGUGGUUGGUUGAUUGAUUGUAUCAACUUGAGACACUUAGAAGCUUAACUAAAUGGGUUUAGUAACUCUAUAUCCUAGAAGACCCACCCUGGGCUGACUCAUCACUUGGAGGUAUAAAAGGGAGGUAUAAAAAGGAGGAAGGAUGAAUGCAUUGCAUUCUUUGGAGAAGCUCCAGUCUUUGCCUUUGGUUUGGAGCUUGUCUCCUGGCUUCCAGUGUAGAAUCUUCGGCUUUCCAGCAUAGAUUCUUCAGCCUUCUAUUGUAGAGCCUUCAGCCUUCUGUCGCAGACCCAUCAGCCUGCUGGUGUGGACUUGCACGAGACUCUAGGGUGAACUCCAGACCUUGGAUUGAAUCCUUCGGCCUCCAGCAUGUAGCCACCCUCUGCACGCUUCCUCAUCCGACUCUGUUGCUGACGGGAAUGGCCAGUAACCUGUGUGCCAGGUAGCAUUCUAUGCCAGUCUUGAAUGCUAACAGGAAGACACGAGCAGCAGACUUGUCCAGGAUCAUAACUUGCUGUUGGAAUAACUUGGAAAAGAAGAAACAAAUAAAAACCAUGGCAAAAGUAAAUAGAGCUGGGCCCGCCUCCCCACCGGAUGGAGGCUGGGGCUGGAUGAUCGUGGCUGGCUGUUUCCUUGUUACCAUCUGCACCCGGGCCGUCACCAGAUGUAUCUCAAUAUUUUUUGUGGAGUUCCAGACAUACUUUGGUCAGGAUUAUGCACAAACUGCGUGGAUUCAUUCCAUUGUAGAUUGUGUGACCAUGCUCUGUGCUCCGCUUGGGAGUGUUGUCAGUAACCAUUUAUCCUGCCAAGUGGGAAUCAUACUGGGUGGCUUGCUUGCAUCUACUGGUUUCAUCCUGGGCUCAUUCGCCACCAGCCUGAAGCAUCUCUACCUCACCCUGGGAGUUCUGACAGGUCUCGGAUUUGCACUUUGCUAUUCUCCAGCCAUUGCCAUGGUUGGCAAAUAUUUCCGCAGGCGCAAAGCCCUCGCUUAUGGCAUCGCCAUGUCAGGGAGCGGCAUCGGCACCUUCGUCCUGGCUCCUGUGGUUCAACUCCUUAUCGAAGAGUUUUCCUGGCAGGGAGCGCUGCUCAUUCUUGGGGGCUUCGUAUUGAAUCUCUGUGUUUGUGGUGCCUUGAUGCGGCCUAUUAAUCUUAAAGAAGACCAUUCAAGUCCAAAGCAGAACCAUGCCUGCCGAACUCAGAAAGAGGACUGUAAGCGGACAUCUCCCUAUUCAUCCUUGACCAAAGAAUGGGCAAAGACCUGCCUUUGUUGCUCUUUGCAGCAGGAAUAUAACUUUUUACUCAUGCCAGGAUUUGUUGUGUUCGCCAUCUCUGUUCUAUUUAUGGCUUACGGCUGUAGCCCUGUCUUUGUGCACUUGGUGCCUUAUGCUUUAAGUGUCGGAGUGAGUCACCAGCAAGCUGCUUUUCUGAUGUCUAUACUUGGGGUGAUUGACAUUAUUGGCAAUAUCACAUUUGGAUGGCUAACUGACAGAAGGUGUCUGAAGAGUUACCGCUAUAUCUGCUACCUCUUUGCCGUGGGACUAGAUGGGCUCUGCUAUCUCUGCCUCCCAAUGCUUCAGAGUUUCCCCUUGCUUGUGCCUUUCUCUUGUACCUUUGGCUACUUUGAUGGAGCCUAUGUGACCUUGAUUCCAGUAGUGACUGCAGAAAUAGUGGGAACCUCCUCUUUGUCAUCAGCACUUGGUGUGGUGUAUUUCCUGCAUGCAGUGCCGUACCUGGUGAGCCCACCCAUUGCAGGAUGGCUGGUGGAUACAACGAACAGCUACACUGCAGCCUUCCUUCUCUGUGGGUUUUCCAUGAUAUUUAGUUCUGUGUUGCUUGCCCUGGCUAGAUUUGUAAAGAGGAUAAAAAAACCCCAGCUGCAGUUGCUUGCCAAAGAAUCUGAUCCCAAGCCGCAGCAAUGGACCAAUGGAUCAGUGGCUUAUUCUGUAACAAGAGAAUUAGAUCAGAAGGAUGAAGGAUUUGUGGCCGCAGCAGGGCCUGGUAACAACCUCACAUGACCAACGGCCUUGAGCCUGUGAAUUUUCAGGACUGAGGGAGGUGGGACCAAUUCUUCAUGUUUCUGAAGCAUUUUAUUUUGGCAGAAGUUCUGCUUUUCAAGGAAAUUAUUACUGUUGUUUUGUUAACAUAUUUAUAUGGGAAAAAUAGCAAAUAAUAAAGAGUGCUGGACUAGCCUGGAGUUUCCUCUUUGGGGAUUUGUACUCACAAUAGACUUUGGUCUUCUGGGCAGUGGAGCAUUGCUCCAUUGAGAAUAUAAGGACAUGGUUGAUUUAAUGAGUUGUACUUAGUGGAACUGGGCAGCAGCUUGUCCUCCCAAAGUCUACUCUUCGAGCCACUUUCCUCCACCCAAAAGCAAACAGAAACAUUGGCAUGCAGGGUUGCUUUCUCCAUUCUGUUUGCAGUCAGUCUGGAUAUAGUGGUACAAGGUGAGGAUUCUAGUCUUUUUCAUGGCAGAGUUUCUCAUUAGAGUGGUUAAGGAAUACUUGAGAUUUUUCCAAAAGUAAUGGUUAAUACAGAAAGAGACUUUUCUCCUUGUAUCAUCUAACCAACCUUUGCCUUUGCCAAUGGCUAGAUAUCGCUUGGAGAGUCCAACAAAUUACAUGGCUGGAAUGGAUCUUAAUGGGUGGCGGGUAAGAUAUUCUACUUGAAAUAGUCCACUUGAAAUGGAAAGCUCUUUUUCUUGGAUUGUUUCCCCGCACUCAUGUCUAUCACUAUUGCAUAGUUACUCUGCAAUUUAGCGGAGCACAUUCAGCUGCAGGAACACCUCUCCAACUUUACUGAAAUGUUGGUAAUACCAAUACUCUCGUGUUGUUUUCUCUUCCCCCAGAAACCUCUUAUCUGAAGUGCAGACAUGGUCCUAUUGGGAACUAACAGUGUUGACAGCAUUCCAGUUGGACAAGGAUUAAAUCCUUGAAUCAGCAGAUCGGUGGUGAGAGAUUCUUUGCAGAUCAGACAUUAGGUUCAUCAUCACUCCCAAAAAGGUCUUGGGAGUUCUACCUGAAAAAUACCAUCUUGGAGAUACCCUAAAACUGAGAUUCUUUUCUCUCAGUAUUCAUGCUUGUUCCAACACAUACUGCCCUUCAUCUUUUUAUGGACAAUAAUUAGAAACACAACUCACUGACUUAGUUUUUCAUACUCCAGGACCCCAUUUCUCUAUGGUUAGGGUUCAUUUCUGAGUUUUCAGUUUGAAGAGAGAGAGAGCAAGGAAAGAAAAGAGAAAGGCCAGGUCUGCCAGGCUUCUUGAAACCGUUUCAAAUCCAUAGAAUGUUAAUCUUGAAUCUCAGAUCAUCUCACACAUGCAAAUAGGCGCAAUUUAUGGAGUUAAAAGGAGGAUUUUACUUAUCUAAGAAUUUCAAACCCUAGCCUCCAGGAAAUAUUUUGAACCUAAUAGCCAUUUAAUGUACUGAAUCCCUAGAGAUCUUACAGGUGCCAUGCCAGAGAGGCUGGGAGGAAAAACAGAACGGUCCUGGGUUGGCUAAAGAAUUCUCAUUUAAUAAAGAAAUGAUCUCCUAACAAUCACAUGUUAAUGUUAAUCCAUUGCUUUCUAAAUGAAAUACUGACUUGAUUUGAUGAGAGAAAAUCAUAGUAUUUGUAGGUUGUUUUUCAAAGACAGAUUUGAAUGUUAUCUGUUUAUCUAUUUUGAGAAUUAGUUUUUACACAUUGCAACCUUAAAAAAAAGGAAAAUAUAUGUGAAAAAUCAAAGUUAAAAUGAAGUUAUAUAGAUUUGGAAUAGUGCUUUACCUUAAAUAUCAUUUCUUGAAUCUUUAAGCAUAAAGAUUUUUUGAAGUAUAGUUACAAAUAUUCUUAUACAUAGUUUUUCAUAAUGAUGAUCACAGUAAUGAUCUGCAAUAUAAUUUCUUUAAAGUAUUGUAUUUAUGAAAAUGAGCAAAGUGAUGAGAGGUUUUAAAGAUUUUAUUAAAACACAAGAGAUAUUUUAACUUUUUACAUGCAUAAAUUUCCAUUGUGCUUUCUCUCUUGGAGCAGCAUUUUCAGAAAACUAGUAAGAAAAAUGCAGGUCUUAGAGCCUACAAUUUUGCCAUUUACACAGAAUUUUGCUGUUAAUGUUUCAUGUGCUUAUACUGUUUGUUACAAAACUGAAUUUGUGGAAAUUGUGUCCUUUAUGGGAUCAAGACAAAGCUGUGGUAGAAUGAGACUAUAUCUUAAAUAUUUUUUAUACCACUGUAAAUUUACCUUGGAACCUACUGGGUAGAAAAGCAGAAUAAACGUCCUUACUACUGCAGACAGUGUGUACAAUUGAGCCGUUUGUUCAGAUUAUAAUUUCACUAAUAAAUCCGAUAUGUAUGCUAAUAUUGUCCCUGCUACUUCAAAAUCAAAAUAAAGUGAGGUUAUAGUUA